CUACCUCUCUGGAAGCAGGGAAAGUGCUUUGGCAGUUUGUCCAUCCGCAGCUUCGACUUUUCUGGCCGGCGGCCCUUCCGGCCCCCCCUCCCCAGGCCUGGUGUCCCCUACCCUUCCCCUUGCUUGGAGUCCUGCGGAGAUUGGCCAAUUGCGCAGACACUCGGCUGGACACACCGUGGCGGACUGGUUUUAAGGGGCGUGGCAGGAGGUUUUGGACUCGAUGAGUUUCCACCGAAAUGUCGGAGAAGUCAGGCCAGAGCACGAAAGCAAAAGAUGGGAAAAAGUAUGCAACACUCAGUUUAUUUAAUACGUACAAGGGCAAAUCUUUAGAAACUCAGAAAACCACAGUUGCAGCUCGACAUGGAUUACAGAGUCUUGGAAAAGUUGGUAUUUCACGGCGUAUGCCCCCACCUGCUAAUCUCCCAAGCCUCAAAGCAGAAAAUAAAGGCAAUGAUCCUAAUGUGAAUAUUGUACCUAAAGAUGGCACAGGAUGGGCAUCAAAACAGGACCAGCAUGAAGAAGAAAAAACACCAGAAGUGCCACCAGCCCAGCCAAAACCUGGGGUUGCAGCUCCCCCAGAAGUAGCACCUGCUCCUAAAUCAUGGGCCAGUAACAAGCAAGGUGGGCAAGGAGAUGGAAUCCAGGUGAAUAGUCAUUUUCAGCAAGAAUUUCCCAGCCUGCAAGCAGCUGGGGAUCAAGAAAAAAAAGAAAAAGAAGCAAAUGAUGACAACUAUGGGCCUGGACCUAGUUUACGCCCACCAAACGUUGCUUGUUGGAGAGAUGGUGGUAAGCCUGCUGGUUCUCCAUCUGAGCAAGAUGAAAAGACCCCUGGCCAGGAUGACAGCACACCCGGGACAUCAGAACAAAAUGAUAUCCUCAAAGUGGUGGAGAAGAGGAUAGCUUGUGGUCCUCCACAGGCCAAACUUAAUGGACAGCAGCCUGCCCUUGCCUCCCAAUAUCGAGCCAUGAUGCCUUCUUACAUGUUUCAACAGUAUCCAAGACUGGCAUAUCCUCCUACUGCACAUGGUCCCAUGAGGUUCCCGCCUUCUUUAUCUGAUACAAACAAAGGCCUUCGAGGAAGAGGUCCACCUCCUUUAUGGGCUUCUGAACCUGAACGCCCCUCCAUCCUUAGUGCAUCCGAACUCAAGGAGCUUGAUAAAUUUGAUAACCUAGAUGCUGAAGCUGAUGAAGGUUGGGCAGGUGCUCAGAUGGAAGUUGAUUAUACAGAACAGUUGAAUUUCAGUGAUGAUGAUGAGCAAGGAAGUAGUAGUCCUAAAGAGAACAGCAGUGAGGAUCAAGGUUCAAAAUCCUCUGAAAAUACUGAAAACCACAAGGAAGCAGAUGACACUAACAGCACUAAAUCAUCCUCUCAAAUACCUGCCCAGCCAUUAGUAGCCAAAGGUCCUUAUGGGAAAGGACCUCCGUUUAAUCAGGAUCAUGGACCAUCUUCACAACUGCCACCUCCCCCAAAGUUGCUCACACAGCAGCAUCCCCCUCCUCCAGAUCGACAGGCUGGACCCGCACGUGGAGGCCCUUUCCCCGCCAAGCAGCAAGUCCCUGAUGAAGAUGAGAUUUGGAAGCAGAGACGAAGACAACAGUCAGAAGUUUCUGCAGCAGUGGAGCGUGCUCGUAAACGACGUGAAGAAGAGGAACGGAGAAUGGAAGAACAAAGGAAGGCAGCUUGUGCAGAGAAACUGAAACGAUUAAAUGAGAAGUUUGGCAUUGUCGAAAAACAGCCUUCUCCUGAGGAAAUUAGGGAAAAGGAGCGGGAAAAACAACGGGAGCGUGAGAAAGAACUUGAAAAAGAACAAGAGCGGGAGAGAGAGAAAGAAAAGGAAAGAGAGAGGGAGAGGCAACAGGAGAGGGAGAAAGAACUGGAGAAGGAGCAGGAAAAACAAAGAGAAGUGGAGAAAGAAAAACAGCAAGAAAAAGAGAAAGAACUAAAGGAGCAACAAAAGGUAAAGGAAGAAGAACCGCAAAAGACAAGUGAGCAGGAGACGAGAUGUGAACCAGAGCAGACGGAGAAGGAAGACGUAGAAGACAAGGUGGAACCUAAAGAACUUGCUUCAGAGCCUGUGGUAGAAACCCAGGAAAACGAAGACAACAGUACCAAAGAGGAUGAGCCAGUUUUCAUUACACAAGACAGCAAUCGCAGUGAAAAAGAAACCACACAAGUGGCACACGAAACAGAACCAGAGCCCGGGUCCCACCCUCGGCCUGCCAUGUUAUCUGGCUAUUUCAAGCCGUUUCAGAAGUCUCUACCCCCGCGAUUCCAGCGGCAGCAGGAGCAGAUGAAGCAGCAGCAAUGGCAGCAGCAGCAGCAGCAGCAACAACAGCAACAGCAAGGAGUUCUUCCCCAAACUGUGUCUUCUCAACCAUCCAGCAGUGCUGUUCCUCCUGCACCACACAGACCUCUGUACCAGCCCAUGCAACCUCACCCUCAGCAUUUGGCUUCUAUGGGUUUUGAUCCAAGGUGGCUCAUGAUGCAGUCAUACAUGGACCCUCGCAUGAUGUCAGGAAGACCUGCUAUGGAUAUUGCACCCAUUCAUCCUGGAAUGAUUCCUCCACCUAAGCCAUUGAUAAGAAGAGAUCAGAUGGAAGGUUCUUCAAACAAUUCGGAGUCAUUUGAGCAUAUAGCUCGAUCUACAAGAGACCAUGCUAUUUCCAUCGCUGAACCUCGUAUGAUGUGGGGGUCAGAUCCCUAUUCCCAUGCUGAACCUCACCAGGCAACUACGCCCAAGGUAACGGAAGAGCCUGAGGAUAUAAGACCUGAGGCCCCUGUUGAAGAACAGAUGACUCCUGUUUACCCUAUAGAACAUAGUCCAUUGGAGUCUCAUCCCAAAGCAGACUUUCUCAGAGAAUCAAAUGAAACAGAAGUUCAGAAGUUUUUAAGCAAAUCUGUGGAAGACAUUAGACCUCACCACACUGACCCAAACAACCUGUCUUCUUGUGCUGAAGUAGCUGAUCAGAAGGUAAUAUCCACUGCUCAAGAAGAGCGGACAUCAGCUGCAGAAAGCCAGCCUGUUCGGAAAAGAAGUGUUUCUCAUGGGUCUAACCAUACUCAGAAACCAGAAGAGCAGAGAAAUGAGCCAUUUGUAAGCAUUCCUAAAAUCAACAGCAGAUGCAUUGAUUCAAAAGAAUCUACAGAACGAACAGAAGAAAAACCAAAAAAAGAUGGCUUCAUGCGAUCUUCUGAAGGACCAAAACCUGAAAAAUUAUAUAAAUCCAAAUCUGAAACUCGCUGGGGCCCAAGACCAGGCUCUAACCGGCGGGAUGAAGGUAAUGACAGGCCUGUGAGAAGAUCAGGCCCCAUUAAAAAACCCAUACUUAGAGAUAUGAAAGAGGAGCGGGAGCAAAGGAAGGAGAAAGAAGGAGAAAAGGGUACAGAAAAAGUUGUUAGACCCGAAAAGCCUGAAAAGAAGGACCCUCUUCCUCUACCCGCACCAGCUCCUGCACCUGUCCAGUCACAGUCAGUUCCACCGCCCCCUCAACCCGAACCCGAGAAACCUCCUUCAACAGAGCCUUCAACUUUGCCUCAAAAACCACCUCCAGAUACAGAGAAGCCCGCGGAGACUCUAAAUAGUGUUCAAGUAGAGCCCACAGUUAAAACGGUCAACCAACCAACUGUCUCAGUGCCAACAGUCAAAGAAGAGAAACCGCCCGAGAAAGUCAUCACUAAAGACCUUGUUAUAGAAAGACCUCGACCAGAUACAAGGCCAGCAGUUAGAAAAGAGUCAACUCUACAAGCCCCCAGAACCUACUGGAAAGAAGCUAGAGAUAGAGAUUGGUUUCCAGACCAGGGAUACCGAGGUCGAGGCCGAGGUGAAUAUUACUCCAGAGGCCGAAGCUAUAGAGGCUCUUACGGGGGCCGUGGCCGAGGUGGUAGAGGGCACACUCGAGAUUAUCCUCAAUAUAGAGACACUAAGCCAAGACCAGAGCAUGUGCCCUCAGGACCUCUGAGGCAGAGAGAAGAAAGUGAAACACGGAGUGAGAGCUCUGAUUUUGAAGUCGUUCCUAAAAGAAGAAGACAGCGAGGUUCAGAGACUGACACGGACAGUGAAGUUCAUGAAAGUGCAAGUGAUAGAGACAGUUUCAGCAAAGGUAAACUCGCCAAAAGAGAGGAACGAUCUGAAAGCAAAAGACCUAUAAAACCUCACUCUUCUUUCAAAACUGAAAAUCAUGUCCGAAUAGAUAAUCGACCACUUGAAAAGCCUUAUUUGAGGGAUGAUGAUAAAUCUAAACCAGGCUUCCUUCCUAAAGGAGAGCCAACAAGGAGAGGUAGAGGAGGAACAUUCCGACGUGGUGGAAGGGAUCCCGGAGGUCGCCCAUCACGGCCCUCCACCUUACGCAGGCCGCCUUACCGGGACAAUCAGUGGAACCCAAGGCAGGCUGAAGUCCCUAAACCAGAAGAUGGGGAGCUACCCAGAAGACAUGAGCAAUUUAUCCCUAUCCCUGCAGACAAACGGCCUCCAAAGUUUGAGCGAAAAUUUGACCCAGCUAGAGAAAGGCCCCGGAGGCAGCGUCCUACACGACCACCAAGGCAAGAUAAGCCUCCUAGGUUUCGGCGACUAAGAGAGAGGGAGGCUGCUUCUAAAACAAAUGAGGUAACAGUGCCCACAAAUGGCACAGUUAACACUGUGACUCAAGAACCAGUCAGUACCACUGCUGGGGAUGUUUCUGGGAAUAAGACACCAGACCUAUCCAAUCAGAAUUCUUCAGAUCAGGCAAAUGAAGAGUGGGAAACAGCUUCGGAAAGUAGUGAUUUCAAUGAGAGGCGUGAGAGGGAUGAGAAAAAAAAUGCUGAUUUGAAUGCACAAACAGUUGUAAAGGCUGGAGAGAAUGCCUUAACUCCAAAGAGGGAAAUUGCAAAAAGAAGUUUUUCCAGUCAGAGACCUGGGGUAGAUCGCCAGAAUCGGCGCACCAACAAUGGUCCACCCAAAUCAGGAAGGAAUUUUUCAGGUCCUAGAAAUGAAAGAAGAAAUGGCCCACCAGCAAAAAGUGGAAAGAGAGGCGCAUUUGAUGACCAGUCUUCAGGCACAACUGGUGUUGACCCUCACAAUGGCGGCUCAGCACAUCACCAGGAAGGAGCACCCAAUGGUACAGGACAAAAGAAUUCCAAAGAUACAGGGAAAAAAAGAGAAGAUCCCAAGCCAGGUCCUAAAAAGCCCAAAGAAAAAGUAGAUGCUCUCUCACAAUUUGACCUCAACAAUUAUGCAAGUGUUGUUAUAAUUGAUGACCACCCUGAAGUAACAGUGGUUGAAGAUCCUCAGUCAAAUUUGAAUGAUGAUGGUUUCACUGAAGUGGUAUCCAAAAAACAACAAAAACGUUUACAGGAUGAAGAGCGCCGGAAGAAAGAAGAACAAAUCAUACAGGUCUGGAACAAAAAGAAUAUAAAUGAAAAGGGAAGAAAUCAAACAUCAAAGCUUCCUCCAAGAUUUGCCAAAAAACAGACUACUGGGACCCAGCAAACACCAGUUCCAGCUUCAGCCUCACCCUCAACUACAGUCCCAGGCUCAACCUCAGCCCCAGUUCUAUCCUCAAACUCAACUCCAAUUGUCGCAUCAACAUUAGCUUCAGUUCCACCAUCAACCUCAGCUCCAGUUCUAGUCUCAGCCUCAGCUCCAGUUCCAACCUCAGCCUCACCCUUAUCCCCAGUUCCAGCCUCCACUUCAGCCAUAGCCACAGCCUCUUCCUCAGUCCCAGCCCCAAUUCCAGCCCCAGUUCCAGGUCCAGCCCCAACCCCUAUCCUUGCCUCAGUCUCAGCCCCAGCCACAGUCCCCAUCCUUGCCUCUGCCCCAACCUCGCUUCCCAUCCUUGCUUCAGCCCUAGCACCAGCUUCGACUCCAGCUCCAGCUCCAACAGUAUCAGCCCCAACUGCCUCAACUGUUUCAGCUCCAUCAGCUCCAACCACCUCUAUCCCACUUACCCCAACCUCGGCUCCAACCCCAACUUCAACCGCUCAAGCUCAGACUCAGGCACAGACUCCCAAACAAGUCCAACAUUCACUGCAGACUUCAAAACAGCCACCACCUUCAAUAAGGCUGCCUUCAGCUCAGACACCCAGUGGUACAGAUUAUGUAAGCACAGGAAAAUCCAUCCAGAACUCGCAGUCCCAUGGUACUCUUUCAGCUGAAUUGUGGGAUAGUAAGGCAGCCCCACCUGCUGUACUGAAUGACAUCCCUAAGAAAUUAGGUCCUAUUAGUCCACCACAGCCACCAUCUGUCAGUGCAUGGAAUAAGCCCUUAACAUCAUUUGGAACAGCAACUUCUCCAGAGGGACCGAAGAAUGGUCAAGAAAGUGGAGUUGAAAUAGGAAUUGAAACGAUUCAGUUUGGUGCUCCAGCUUCGAAUGGUAAUGAAAAUGAAGUUGUUCCUGUGCUUUCUGACAAAACUACUGACAAAAUAGCUGAACCCAAAGAGCAACGACAGAAGCAGCCUCGAGCAGGUCCUAUCAAAGCUCAGAAGCUUCCAGAUUUGAGCCCAGUCGAAAGCAAAGAACACAAACCCGGUCCCAUUGGAAAGGAGCGUUCAUUAAAAAAUAGAAAAGUGAAAGAUAUCCAGCAGGUGGAGCCAGAAGGACAAGAGAAGCCAAGCCCUGCUACAGGUAGAAGCACAGAUCCAGCACCAACAAAGGAAACCAAAGCCGUCCCAGAAAUGUCUACUGAAAUAGGAACAAUGAUUUCAGUAUCAUCUACAGAAUUUGGCACCAGUGCAAAGGAGUCCGUAACAGACUACACUACACCUUCUUCUUCUCUGCCUAACACUGUGGCUACUAAUAAUGCAAAGAUGGAGGAUUCUUUGGUUAAUAAUGUGCCCCUGCCUAACACCCUUUCCCUCCCUAAGAGGGAGACUAUCCAACAGAGCUCCAGCCUCACUUCAGUUCCUCCCACUACUUUCAGUCUCACCUUCAAGAUGGAGUCUGCACGCAAGGCAUGGGAGAAUUCUCCAAACGUGCGGGAAAAGGCAUCUCCAGUAACUUCCACAGCACCUCCCAUCGCAAGUGGAGUCAGUAGUGCCAGUGGACAAAGCACUAAUUAUAAUUCAUUCUCCAGUGCAUCAGUGCCUCAGAUUCCUGUGGCCUCGGUCACUCCUACAACGUCAUUAUCAGGAGCUGGUACAUACACUACCUCUUCUUUGAGUACAAAAUCUACAACCACAUCUGACCCGCCUAACAUUUGUAAAGUGAAGCCCCAGCAGUUACAGACCAGCAGCCUGCCUUCUGCAAGUCAUUUUUCACAGUUAAGCUGCAUGCCUUCCCUUAUUGCUCAGCAACAACAGAGUCCACAGGUCUACGUGUCUCAGUCUGCAGCAGUAACCCAAAUCCCAGCUUUCUACAUGGACACAAGUCAUUUAUUCAAUACCCAGCAUGCACGAUUGGCUCCACCAUCCUUGGCUCCGCAGCAAGGCUUCCAACCAGGUCUUUCUCAGCCGACUUCAGUCCAGCAGAUCCCCAUCCCUAUUUAUGCACCAUUGCAAGGACAACAUCAAGCUCAACUGAGUCUAGGAGCUGGGCCUGCUGUUUCCCAAGCUCAGGAAUUAUUCAGUUCUUCACUUCAACCAUAUAGAUCUCAACCAACCUUUAUGCAAAGCAGUCUGUCCCAGCCAUCUAUGGUUCUGUCUGGAACUGCCAUUCAUAAUUUUCCAGCAGUCCAACACCAGGAACUCGCCAAGGCACAAUCCGGUCUUGCCUUUCAACAAACUUCAAACACUCAGCCUAUUCCAAUCUUGUACGAACAUCAGCUGAGUCAGGCGUCAGGACUAGGAGGUUCCCAACUAAUUGACACGCAUAUCCUCCAGGCUAGAGCAAAUCUUACCCAGGCUUCAAAUCUAUAUUCUGGACAAGUACAACAGCCUGGUCAGACAAAUUUUUAUAACACUGCCCAGUCACCGAGUGCUCUCCAGCAGGUAAACUAUGGCAUGGUUACAGUACCUUUGCCAGGCUCCCAGCUUUCCUUGCCUAAUUUUGGAUCAACAGGGCAACCUCUAAUUGCUUUGCCUCAGACUCUUCAGCCCCCAUUACAGCAUACCACUGCGCAGGCUCAGGCCCAGAGCCUGAGUCGUCCUGCGCCAGUAAGCCAGCCUUUCAGAGGAUUAAUCCCUGCAGGGACUCAGCAUAGCAUGAUCGCAACUACAGGAAAAAUGUCAGAAAUGGAACUAAAAGCCUUUGGAAGUAGCAUUGAUAUUAAACCAGGCACACCGCCAAUCAGCGGGAGAAGCACCACACCAACAUCCAGUCCCUUCCGGGCUGCUUCCACGAGUCCGAACAGUCAGUCCAGCAAAAUGAGCAGCAUUGUCUAUCAGAAGCAGUUCCAGGCAGCUCCUGCCACUGUGAGAAUGACACAGCCGUUCCCUACACAGUUUGCACCCCAGAUUCUCUCUCAGCCUAACCUGGUCCCUCCAUUGAUAAGAGCCCCACAUACUAACACCUUCCCAGCGCCUGUUCAGAGGCCACCAAUGGCACUGGCCAGUCACAUGCCUCCUCCGCUGACCACAGGCCUCAUGAGCCAUGCUCGGUUGCCACAUGUAGCCAGGGGUCCUUGUGGAUCACUCUCUGGAGUCAGAGGUAAUCAGGCCCAGGCUGCGUUGAAGGCUGAACAAGACAUGAAGGCAAAACAGAGAGCAGAGGUUCUUCAGUCCACACAACGGUUCUUCUCUGAACAGCAACAGAGCAAACAAAUAGGAGGCAAAGCCCAGAAAGUGGACAGUGAUUCAAGCAAACCUCCUGAAACACUGACCGACCCUCCUGGUGUCUGUCAGGAAAAAGCAGAAGAAAAGCCACCCCCUACACCCACCAUGGCCACCAAACCUGUUAGAACUGGACCAAUCAAACCUCAGGCAAUCAAAACUGAAGAAACAAAAUCAUAAGGCUAUGGUGUAUUGCAGGGGAUGGGGGAGG